AUGAAUCUGGGUCUUUGGCACAUCUGCGCCAUCGUCGUGCUUGCGGAAUGGACGGGCACGAGCAUGUUUACUUCAGCCGCGUUAGUGGCACGGCAAUUUACAAUAAGGCCUCGUCGCUCGAGACCCCCUCUCAGUCCCGAUUGCUUUAUUGAUAAGGAUAUGCUGUUGGUUGAUGACCAGAACCCUGGCCCAACGAUACGAGCAAACAAGGGCGACACUAUUCAGAUAAAGUGGAAUAACGAGUCACCAAGUGAAGGCGUUUCAAUACAUUUUCACGGUUUGAUAAUGAAAGAUCAGCCGUAUGCAGAUGGCACAGGUACAGUUUCGACAUGCGUCGUCGGGCCAAUGCAGACAUUUUAUCAAACUUUUGUAGCCGACAAUGCUGGUACCCAUUAUUGGCAUGGUCACACCAGCCUGGAUCGCAUGGACGGCCUCCAAGGUGCUAUCAUUAUUGAUGAUCCUGAAGACCCCGAAGAACAAGCACUCCAAGGAUUGUACGACGGGGAACGUGUCAUCUUUCUUCAAGACUGGUAUCACAGAAGUGGACCAGGCAUUCGCACAGGUCUCGAUUCUGAACCGUUCAUUUGGCUGGGCGAUGCACAGAGCUUCUUAAUCAAUGGCGGUGGAAGAUACGGAGGUUGCCUAUCAGAUCCAAGCAAUCCACUGUGCGAUCCGGACGGGUGUUCAGUGAAGAACUACUUAGCAUCAGUCCAGGUCGAAGCUGGGAAAACGUACCUCUUUCGCGUAAUCAAUGCUGCGGCUCUCGUAGCGGUGAACUUUGCGAUCGCCGGCCAUUCAAUGACAAUCGUCCGAGUUGAAGGAACCUAUGUCGAUCCUUUGCCAGUGGAAAGUCUCGACGUCAACGUGGCCCAAAGGUACGACGUUCUUGUCACGAUGGAUCAACCUCCUGAUACUUCAUAUUGGAUUUCAACAGUGGUGCGACAUCGGGGAGGCGUUCAGGGUCACGCCUAUUUGCAGUAUGACAACGCCGAACCACCAAACGAUGAGGAUCCCCUACCAGUCCAUUUUGAACAGGAUGAUAUGGUAGAGGGCCCUUUGCUCGAUGCACUACUUGUGAGCAAGAAUGUUGCCAGUCUCCCAAACUCCGAUAUCUUGGCGCUGGAAGCCACUCGCUCCAUUGUAUUUGUUGGGACUCAAACUCGAUAUGCACCCGACAACCUACUGAGAUGGGCUUCAAACAAUGUCUCUAAUGCAUUCUCGGCAACACCACUUCUAACAAUGGCGUAUGAAGCUGUCAACGCCGAAGGUGCCCUGCCGUGGCCUGAUACUGAAAUAGACAGCACUCUUGUUGUCCCGGACUCGCCCCCGCUUACCUGGCACUACACCAAUACCCUACAAGACGAGGGCGUAAGCAUCUACCAUGACCAGCAUGGAGUUGCCAUAUUCAAGUUUGUGCUUGGCAAUGUAGUCGAUAUUGUCCUGCAGAAUGCGCGAGCCCUGAAUGGUGCUGCGGAGCUUCAUGCAUGGCAUUUGCACGGACAUGCAAUGUGGGUGAUCGGGCAAGGAAUGGGGUCCUUUGAUCCAGAAAAUGAUCCUCAGUUCUUCAAUUUGGAGAACCCACUCCUAAGAGACACUAUUAGUGUGUGGCCCCUGGGUUGGACUGCUGUGCGAUUUUUAGCAGACAAUGUUGGAGCUUGGCCUUUUCAUUGUGCAAUGGCACCUCAUGCUGUCAUGGGAAUGGGUUUCAAUGUCAUCACCAGUCCACAUGCUCACGUAUGCCAAAUUAACCGAGAAGAGAUCGAAGACAGUGCACCACCAGAACCCGAGUUACCCGCUUCGGAUGGCUUACCAGCAGAACCAACAGAGCCCGCAACAGCGUCCCCAGCAGAUAUCGAUACUGAACCACCAGAGCCAGACCCCCCAACAACAGUACCAGACCCUGAUAUAGAAAUUGAGCCCAUACCCGAUGGGAUUUUGGGGUUGGACACCACUACUAUCCCUCUGGCAGUCGCUGAGGAAACGCCAGAACCAACAGCACUAGCAGAUAUUGAUACAGAAUCACCAGAACCAGAUCCCCAAACAAUGGUGCCAGAACCCGAUAUCGACAUUGAGCCAAUGCCGGACGAGACAAUGGGAUUGGACAUCACCACUAUCCCUGCUAUCGUUGCCGAGGAAACGGUACUCCCAACUGAAGAAGAUCAAACUGAGGUUCCAACAAUGGUUGAGCCAGAGACUGAAACACCAGCUACAGAUCUUCCAACAAUGCCAGAAAUAGCUCUUCCAAUGCUGGAGCUGCAACCGGUGACAGAGUUGCCCGAGGUCAACAUGGAAACAGAAGAAGCAGCCCAAGCAACCCUUCCAAUUCUUGUGCUCAAGACAGACGAACCGGAACCACCAGCCCAACCGGAAACCGAGUUGCCGAUUCUCACAUUAAAGACAGAAGUUCCUUUGGAAGAUGAUGAUGAUGUCACAACGGAGGAUUUGCCGAUAGUGGACAUUGAAACGGAAUUUCCGUUGGAGUCGGACGCUGUUACCGAAAUGCCAGAAGAGGAGGCGGCGAUCUUCGAUGUUGGAGGAAUGCCCAACAUGACACUUUUGGAGGAUGACUUGACGAUGGAUCCGAAUUCAACAUUCGCGGCAAACGAAACUGAAACCGAAACUGAUAGAGCUAUUGAGGAGAGCUCAUCCAAACAUGGCCGUAGCAACAUGUGGUUGCUUGGGUUCACCACCUCAUUGAUUGUCUGUGGUGCUGUCCACUUCGCAGUGUAG